UUAGUACGGAAUUUUCACUUUAAUUUUGUAAGAGUUGUGUCCCUUGGUAUAAGUACGCCUUUUGUAUAGGAAAUGUCGCGUCAUGCGAAAGGCAAUUUUGCUCCGGCAAAUUGUAAAUUUAUAGGCCUCCCUAGGUUCCCCACAGUCUUUUUACCUUGCCUCUCUGGAGGGAUGUAAUCGAUGAAUAAAAUACUAGCAAACUCAAAGGUCGUUACAGUAAAAAGACUGUGUUUACCAGCAAGUGGAGGAUAAGAUGGAUCCCGCUAAGACUUCCUCAAGAAGAACAAGAAAACUUACAAUUAAGGGACAAGAAAUGUAUGAAUUAAGAGUCUGCGAAUUUGGCCGUAUUCUGUUUAAUAUUCAUCAAACAAUAGAAGAAAACAUUACACUAGUAGAAACAUAUAAAGAAAAUAAAACUGUUCUAGGAGAACUAAAACAAAUAUUAGAAGAAGAACACCACAAAUACGUAACAUUAUCAGACCAAUUAUGUGUUUAUUUGAAACAAGCUAAAACCAAAGAAGCAGAAGCCGAAUUAAUGUCGCAUUUAAUUAUCAGACAGUCUGUGGAAGAAAAGGUCAAGUAUGCUCAAGAGUUUGUAAAUGAACAAAUAGGUGAACCUAUUGAACAGAUUGAAGUAGCACAGAGUGAAGUAGCACAGAGUGAAGCAACGGCUACAGAUACAAAGAGCCUUAACGACAAUAACAGUCAAAGUCGAGAUAAUGUUUCAGUGAAAAGUAACCAACAACAGUCUGGUGGUUCGGUUAAAAGUCAAAAAACUCGGAACAGUCAAAGUGUUGGAAAAAGUCGAAGUACACAUUCAAUUUCAUCAAGUAAAAGUAAGAUGAGCCAAAUGCUGAUAACAAAGAAAUCCAAUCUUGAAACAGCUAAAAUAAAAUUAAAAAUAGCAGAAGAGGAAGAAAAGUUAAAAAGGCAACAAACUGAGUUUGAAAUAAAUGUAAAAAGAGAACAAGCAGACAAACAAGCACAAGUUGAAAAAGGACAAAAGGAAUUAGAAGCCAGUUUACACAUUUUACAGUGUAAAAAAGAAGUACUUGAAACUGAAGCAGAGUUGAAAGUAGUAGAAGAAAUAGCUAGUCUUGAAGUUGACAACACAGAAUUACCUUCAGAAGUUGACAACAGAAGUAUCUUCGUGAAAGAGUACAUAGACAAUUUACCUGAAAUCACUAGAGUUGACGAGUGUGUAAUCAGUUUACCUCUACACAGCAAUCCUUGUACUAAAGUAGUGGAAACUUCUAUGCAAAAUAAACUUGACAAUACUAAAACUUCUUCAUCACCACUGGAAAACCAAUCGAAUCUUGGAAUCCCUGAACCCACUUCACAAGUCGAGAAAGAUGAAAACAAUUCUACACCCCAAGGUGCAGGAGUAUCAGAACUUACAAAAUAUAUCAUGAAGAAAGAUCUUUUAUUGUCGCGUUUAUCUAAUUUUGAUGACCGCGCAGAGAGAUACUUCAGUUGGAAAAAUAGUUUCCUCAAUAUAGUGAAAGAAUUAGACGUGACAGCCACAGAGGAACUUGAUCUUUUAGCACGUUGGUUGGGACCAGAAUCUAAGCGACAAGCUGUGAGCAUUAGAGUUUCUAAUCCACACGAUGAACAGAACGCGUUAAAUAAAACAUGGGAAAGACUUGAUGAGCGUUUUGGAGCACCUGAGCAAGUGGCGGAAUCCCUAAGAAGAAGACUAGAAAGUUUUCCCAAAGUGACACUAACAGAGAGACAAAAAUUGUAUGAGUUGUCUGAUUUGUUGUCAGAAAUUGCAAGUGUUAAAGACAAUGAGAGAUAUAAAAUGUCACUGUCAUAUUUUGAUUCUGCAUUAGGUGUUAACAAUGCUGUGUGUAAAUUACCUGUAUUUAUACAAAACAAGUGGGUAGAUCAUGCUAGUUCUUAUAAGGUUCAACAUAAUGUUAUGUAUCCUCCUUUUCAUGUUUUUGUUGAAUUUGUAAAGAAAAUGGCUGUUAGACAAAAUGACCCCAGUUUCAGAAUUCAGUCAAAUGAUAGUCAAAAAGGAGACAGUACAGUACAUGUAAAGCAAAUGUAUAAGGUCAAAUCAGUGAACACUAGAAAGACAAAUUUAGAAACUUCACAAAGGUUUGAAACUAAAAAUCUCAAGUGUGUUAUUCAUGGAGAUGAAUCCAAACAUAAAUUAAAACACUGCCGUACAUUUCAGGCAAAAUCUAUUCCUGAGAAAAAGGAAAUUGUGCAAAAAAAUGGUAUAUGUUUCAAGUGUUUAAAUGGUAAACAUCUGGCGAAAGAUUGUAAAGAAUCUGUUAGUUGUGAAAAAUGUAACAGUUCUCGUCAUUGCACUACAUUUCAUAUUGAUCGUCCUGAAGCAUUAACAGGUUAUGGCGGGGAACAUCACCAACAGGAUCCAUCUUCACGGGUUAAUGUAAGCUGUACAGAAGUAUGUGGAGAUCCUUUAACCACUGGUAAAUCAUGUACAAAAACUGUGUUAGUGCGUGUAUAUCCUGAAGACCAACCUGACAGAGCAAUUACGUGUUACGCCAUUAUAGAUGACCAGAGUAACAAAUCACUUGCUAAAUCUGCACUCUUUGAUAAAGUAGGUAACAAUACAGACACUAUAGAUUAUAUUUUAUCAUCAUGUGCAGGAAAAGUAGCCAGAUCAGGAAAGUGUACAUCAGGAAUUUGUGUUGAACCUUUUGAUGGUUCAUGCGUAUUGAAAUGUCCACAACUGAUUGAAUGUAAUGAAAUUCCAGACACCAAGAAAGAAGUUGCUACUCCAGCAGUUGCAAGACAAUAUAAACAUUUAAGAGAUAUACAACAUUUGAUUCCAGAGAUUGAUUCUCAUGCAGAUGUUUUGUUAUUAUUGGGAAGAGACCUUCUUGCAGCACAUCACGUUAUAGACCAGAGAAUAGGAGCUGAAAACGAACCAUACGCACAACGUCUCCGAUUGGGUUGGGUUGUCGUAGGAGAAACAUGUUUAGGCAUGAUACAUCGCAAUGAUCAAAACAUGAUUAUAGUAAACAAAACCAAUGUUUUGUUUAAUGGGCGUAGUUCAAUGUUUUUGCCUUGUGAAAACAAAUUUGAGAUCAAAGAUACUGUUUUUCAAAGAACUGUUGAAGACGAUAGUCCAGGAUUAUCGCGAGAAGACAGAGAAUUUCUUGACAUGAUGGAUAAAGAAAUGACAAAGUCUGAAAGUGGUCACAUCAUUGCACCGUUACCAUUUCGUAAAGCGAGACGCAAGCUUCCAAACAAUUUUGAACAAGCUAGACGUAGAGCAGAGAAUUUAUCACGGGAUUUGAAGCGGAAUCCUGCCAAACGAGAGCAUUUCGUUGAAUUCAUGAAAAACAUAUUUGAGAAGAAACAUGCAGAAGAAGCUCCUUCUGUAUAUAAAGGUGAAGAAGUUUGGUGUGUAUCACCCGAAAAAGCCAAACAAAAUUCGUGUUGUAUUUGAUUCUGCUGCCAAAUUUGAAGGAGUUUGUUUAAAUGAUGUUUUGUUAAAGGUACCGGACUGGACGAACAAUCUUGUUGCUGUUUUAUUGAAAUUUCGCAAGGAAAGAUUCGCUGCAAUGGCUGAUGUAGA